UGGGAACAAGCACGGAUAUGUUGGAGCUGGCAGCGCAAGAUUUUAACCAGGGUUUAUCCAUGUACCAAAAGGACUUGCAGCAAUUCAGCAACAGCAGGAGGCCAUUCGUGCCCAGAACUUAGCGAAGCACGCCUUGCUUGGGCCAAGAAUGGCUUGCUUGUUUACGUCGCUGAUGAUCUCUAUGAUGUUUGGGGUUCUCAAGAGGAACAGAUUGAUCUUUUACGCUUGAUGGAGACGUGGGACGUAGAUGUGAGCAAAGAAAGUUGUUCUGAGACAGUGAAGAUAUUAUUCUUAGCUCUCAAGGAAACCAUUUGUGAGAUUGCAGAGCAAGCUUCUAAGUUUCAAGGACGAACCGUUCUGAACCACUUGAUUCAGCUUUGGGUGGAUGUGUUGAGGUCGUUUCUGAAGGAAGCUGAGUGGUCGAGGAACAAAGGUGUGCCGACCAUGGAAGAGUAUGAACCUAAUUCAAUAAUAUCACUGGCUAUGGGAGUGAUCGUCCUUCCAAGUCUUUAUCUUGUUGGGCCUAAGCUUCCCCAUGAGACCAUUGAGAGUGAAGAAUACAAUCAACUCUUUCAGAUCCUUAGCUUUUAUGGCAGAUUACUCAAUGAUGUCAACGGCUACAAGAGGGAAAGAGAACAAGGAAAACUGAACUCAGUUGCAUUGGAAGUGAUACAUGGAUCAGGGGAGGUAACUGAGGAAGAGAUCAUAAAGAAGAUCAAAGUGAAGAUUGAUGAGAAAAGGAAGGAGCUUGUGAGAGUAGUUUUGCAGAAAGGAGGGAGUGUGGUUCCAGGAGAAGUGAAAAAGGUGUUCUGGAAGAUGGCCAAAUUGCUGACUUUGAUUUACAACAAGGAUGACGUCAUGCAUGAAAAUGAAAUGCCCCAGGAAAUGUUCAACAUCAAGGAUGCAUUGCUCGGAGACCCCAUCCUUCUCAAUAAUUUUGAUUGAUACUCUCUUUUAAGGAAUUGUGUGUUUCUGCAAAUAACGUAAUGAUAAAUAUUACUCCCAUGGCUCAUAAAUGUACAAGUUAAUUGAAGGAUUUAUUUUAAUCUUAAAUAAAACCCCAAUCUAUUUUA